AUGGCGCUGCGUUGCUGUCGCUCCCGUUGCUGUCGCUCCCGUUGCGUGCUGAUCUGUGUGUGCACUCCCUGCCUCUCCGUGGCCCUGAUGUUCGUCUACGUCUCUGUCAGGCUCAACAUGAUCAUGAAAGAUGGCUCUCUGCUCAGAACAACCCCCGCUCCCGCUCCCGCUCCCAAACAUAUUCAUUUCGUGGCCACGGGGACUUCACGUGAUGGCAAUUUUGCUGCAGUCCCUCAUCAUUUCUGGAGGAACCCCAGUAGCGCCAUCUGGAAUCAGCUCCAACUGGCCGUUGACUACCAUUUCAACCCCGUCCUGAACCCCAUCAGAGCCAAGGACGCAUCAGAGAGAACCAGCUUUGGUGAUUCACUACUGAAUCAAAGUUUCUCUGAGGUAACCAUGACGGGGCGUGACAGAAACAUCUUUGAGCAGCUACCGGAGCACCUGCAGGAGUAUGUCACCUACAUGAAAAGCAGGAGCUACCCCACCCUCAUCCAGCCACACGGAUUAUGUGGAGCUCAGGCUGAGGAUGAGACCGAACCCCCUCUGAUUCUGUUCGCCAUCAAAACCACAGCAUCCAACUAUGAGAACCGACAAGCCAUUCGAAAGUCCUGGGGUCAAGUGGGAUGGGUGGGGGGACAGAAGAGCAACAGCAGCGGUGGAGAAGCCUACGGAGGAUACGUCCGCAGGGUGUUUCUGCUCGGCCAAGAAACCACAGAAGACCUGAGAGGGGACGUAUCGGAUUUACUAAGAGUCGAGAGUCAGCACCACGGAGACAUUCUGCAUUGGGACUUUAAAGACACCUUUUUCAACCUCACCUUAAAGGAUGUGCUCUUCUGGAGAUGGUUCUCACGCCACUGUGACUCUCACUUCGUCUUUAAGGGAGAUGACGAUGUCUUUGUCAACACCCCAAAGCUGGUCGGCUACCUCCACGACCUGCUGCAGGAGCCGGACGCCCACAACACCAUGAGAGACUUCAUGAUAGGACAUGUCAUAGAAGCUGCCGUGCCCAGCCGAGUCCGCACCUCAAAGUACUUCAUCCCAGACCACUUCUACAAGGGUCUCUAUCCCUUAUACCUGGGCGGGGGAGGGGUGGUGUACUCGGGUCUGCUGGCCAAACGCCUGCACGACGUGUCCAAAACCGUUCACCUGUUCCCCAUCGAUGACGUCUAUGUGGGGAUGUGCAUGUUUCGGCUCGAUGCCUUCCCCGUGCACCACCCCGCCUUCCUGACGUUUGACUUCUCCCAGGAGGAAGCGGCAGAGCCGUGUUCGUACCACACCAUCUUCCUGGUCCACAAGCGCAGCCCCAAACAAAUGGCCGACCUGUGGGCCGACCUGAAGAACACGUCGACUCAAUGUGGACAUGUGUCUCUGAGGACAGACCCCAAGACUCUGGAAGGAGAAAAAAGGAAAAACUUUAAAGUGUAAUAGGGCUUGGUCGUCUUGACGUCAUCACCUGGCGGAGCCGCCAUAUUGGAAGCUAACUUAGCUGCUCUUCGGACCACUGCGCACUGUGUACAGACGUGCUCCCUCUUCGUUUUGUCUUAGCCUACUUGUAAUCUUUACUCUCCGUUAUCCUUUAAACCAUGGUAUUCCGUUGCUCUGUUGUGGGGUGCAGCAGCUCCACACACAAGAGACGUGGGGAAAAGAUCGCUAAUGGUUUAACUUUUCACCGCUUUCCUGCCUGGAGGCAGAACCACGGAGAAGUAUCUGAGAUAACAGAGUAAAAGAGUCAUCGGCUCGCUUGGAUCGCGGCUGUAACGACCAAACAUAACCUUCCUCAGUAUAUCACAAACAAACACUCACACAAACUGGGUCGGAUCAAAACACGGGUUUUAUUCCCCACUUCUCAAGCUAAACACAGUUGCUGGCCAGCUCUCUGCGGUGAGAUUAACCCCAAUCUUCAGAUAAAACUAGUUUAUUGAGGAAAAAAUAUUAACUCUAUUUGUAGCUGCAGAUGAAAAAAAUAAUCCCAUGAGGAAAACAAAAAUAUUGUUCAUGCCUCGGAGCCUCUUCCACAUAAUAUAUCAGUCAAAAAAAAAGAAAAGAAAAAAGUAAGAGUAAUACAAAACAUGUACUGUAUGUUGUACUAUUAUACUAAUUUAUUGUAACACAUGGUGAGUCAAACAUUUACCAAAGCAGCUGCCAAAAACUCGCAAACAAGGUAGCCUAAGAUGUCAGUCGUGCAGAACUGCGGCAGUAAGUCCUCCUCGGAGCUCCACUCUUUAGUAGGGAUUUCAUAUGGAUCCAAACCCUUAAUAAUCAUUAUUUUCUCCAUAUACCGGUCCCUGGCUUCCUUGUUUAAGGUAUCCCAGUAAAUUCCAGUUGCUUUCCAGCAUUCCGUCUGUUCACUUGGUGCUACUACACUGCUACUACACUGCUGUUUGUUUACACUCACAACGCUGCCAACAUGGCCGCCGCAUCCCAGAAUGCAACUUGGCGACCAAGCCCUAUUGCUGAUUUUCACCUAGUCAGAAAAAAUAG